UAAUAUUUAACGGGACAGUUUCGGGUGAUGGCUGAGCACCAAGAGUGAGGAAAAAGCAUCAUUGUUGACAUAUAUCCACUAUGUUGGACACUUGCCGCUGAUCCACAGAGACACCAGACUGAGGACCAUUCAGCAAUCAACAUGGAUUGACUGCAUUGACUGAUAAAACAUGGACGUCUUUUCUGUCUUAGUGCUACUACUUUCAUGCAGGAUUCAAGCAGUCGGAGCUCAGAUGAAGCUUUCACCUGAAACACUAACUGUGGUGCGAGGAGAGGAGGCACGGUUUACCUGCAGUGCCCCAAACACCCAGUGGACCGUUAUGGUGUGGCUGCUGAACGGUACAGCGGUUCUCACCAUCUCCAGGGAGAUUGGUGUCCUGCCCUCUAUCAACCCUAAUGUGACGGCUGAGAAAAGCUCGGGGCGAGACAGCUGGGUGUUUGUUCUGAAGAACACAGAGAGGCAAAACCAGGGACAAGUGACCUGCGACCUCCAGGGCAUUGAUAGGAAAACAGCAAACCUGUUUGUACAAGAAAAGGGUAGCGUGAAAGUCGUUGGGGAUGACAGGUUGGCUUUUAAGGGUCAGUCGAUCCUGUUUGAGUGCCAAGCAGCAGGAUGGUACCCUCAACCCGCUUUACAGUGGCAUGUGAAUGACAAAAAGGUGAGCCAGGCUGAAUACAACAUCAGCAGUCAAGAGUCAGGGAAGAGCCUCUUCACUGUGACCAGCAACCUCAGCGUUACAGCAGCCAAGAGCUCUCAUGUGGUUUGUCUGGCCUCUGUAUCUGCCCUCCCCAUACCACUGAAAAGCAGCGUCCAUCUCACAGUGGUUGCAGAGGUGGUGCAGGAAGAAGAUGACUGCACAAUCCCCCUGGCGGUAACGGCCUCCCUCUCUGCUGUUCUGCUGCUCCUCCUGCUCUGUGUCUGCACCGUCCUCUGGUACAGACAAAGGAGACAAGCAAAACCUGGCCCACAGGACUCAAUAUGGUUCAACCAAUCAGUAAGCGGGAGAGGCCCGGUUGCUGAGGCGACAGGGGGGAAGGUCAACCUGGGAUACUCUAGUGAGGGCCUCACAGAUGCAGUUUACAAUGAGCUAAUCAUGGCAACUCGUAGGCAGAAGGACUUUGUCAGCUUUCACAAGGUCCCGGACGUCGUGUCCUCCAGCAACCUGUCUCUGCACCAUGAGAGCCAAGCUCAGGUGUGUCCAUCAGAGGAAAACUCCAAGAAUGUCAGGAGAAUUACCACAGUUUAAUUAUGCUUAUUACGAUAUUAUUUCAUUUAAAAAUAUGAUUUUAAAGAUGUACACUAUUAUACAGUUAAGUAUUUACAGGUGAGCCACUCACCAGAGUUUGUAUGGUAUAUUUUACAUUUUUGUAGAGCUAGAAGCUAAUGUUGUGUGAUUUUUAGCUAGAUGUGUACAGCACAAUUACCUUAAGAAUAUAUUGUAGUACCUUAACCUUAAACAUUUAAUGUAUCCUUAAAAAUGUCAACUGUUUUGCAAAUAUAUACAAAACACAUUGUUUUUAUUU